CGGCGGAGGGGAAAACGCGUACGACAACGACGAUGGCGACAACAACAACAACAUCAACAACAAGGACGCUGACGACCGGAUGACGUUAUCACCCACUCGUCUACCACCGCCGCUGUAGCCGCCGCUGCCGCCGCGUUAUCACCCUAGCGUUUUGACCGCCAUUCGACGACGACGACAAACAAGCUAACUAACUACUCCGCAGUACGAUAUUCGCUCGCCCGGACGACAGCGCGCCAACCGCCACUCGCCCGACGACAGUGUCAGACACUCGGCGUCCGACGCCGCUCAUUAUAUUGGUAACCAUUACGCAGUGCACAAGCGCCAAGCAGAAGCCGCCGCCGCCGCCGCAAUGAUGUCCCACAACCACGGUUGUUAGUUGGCCGCCGUUUGUUUGUUUACGCCCUCGAACAGGGACACCGCCGCCACUGACGCGAUCCUGAUCCAACAGCUUGCACGUCUGCCCCAACCGCCAUGGCCGACGACGAGGUUGUCGCUAAACUUGAAGAAUCUCAACCAAUAAAUAGUAAUAUUGACAUAAUAGAAGAUGAUGAUCCACUACCUGUUGAUGAUUUAAGUAAAGACAAAGAUUAUGAACAAGUAGAUGAAGCCGAUGAUGAAACAACGAUGGAAGAAGAAGAAGCACUUCCAGAAUUGGAGGAUCCUUUAAGAGAAAUAAGAUUUUUAGAAGAAGAAAGUAACAUGCCGAUUCAUGAACUUAUGGUUAUGUAUGGAUAUUCAAAAACUACUCCCCCAGAAACCAGUACAAAAAAGAAAAAGAAGAAGAAGAAGAAGAGCUCGUCAAAGAAAAGUAAAGAUAAAAAAAGAAAGAAAAAGCUUUCAACUUCAUCUGACGGCGUCGCAGAAAAAAAGUCUAAAUCAACUGAUAGACGAAGAUUAGUAGAAGAAAACACUGGCGAUUCAUCAAAUAAAAUGUCAGAAGAAACAUCAAAGGAAAAUGAAAGUGUCAAGGAUGGUAAAGAAUGUGAUGAAGCAUCUAAAUUAUUAGACUUAUAUAUGGCAGAACUUGAUCAAGUACAAAGUGAAGAUGAAGAUGAAGACUAUAGGCCUCAUUGGGAACUUCACUGGAAGAGCGUUAAUGUUGGAGUAAAUUUUCAAGCUCUGGUAACAGAUGGGUUAUCGACAUAUGGUGAUGUAAUGCCUUAUGAAAAUAAUGAUGAACUGUUAUGGGAUCCAAAUGUAUUGGGUGAAGAUUUAAUUGAAGAUUAUUUGACAAAAAUCCAGCAAAUUACAAAGGCAUUAAAGCCAAAAUCUAAAGUUGUUGGUAUUCGGGAUAAUGAAAAAGCACUUUACUUGUUAGUUCAAUGUGGUCAUGAUGUAGCCGAAGCUCUUAGAAGAAUGUCAUUAAAUGUAGUACCUUUGGAGAAAUCAUUAAGUGUCUGGUCGGAAGAUGAAACAUUGAAGUUCGAGAUGGGAUUACUGAUAAGUGGAAAGAAUUUCCAUGCCAUACAAAAAGAGGUUAAAACUAGAUCAGUAGCAGAGUUGGUUCAUUUUUAUUAUUUCUGGAAAAAAAGUGAUAGGCAUGAUCAAUUCGAAAGAAAGCAAGUUUCAAUGCGUCCAGAAAUGAAGCAGUGGCAACAUUGGGAGUCUGAAGAAGAUCAAGAUAGUGAUUUUGAUACAAGUAUGUUUCCAGAUAAUAGUCACGAUGAUAGUGAGGAUAGCUUGAACGCUGCUGAAAAUAAGGCACAAAUGAAGUGUUUAAUUUAUGCUGAUCGCAAAAGACAAGUACGAAAAAAAGCUACAAAUAAUGCUUGUAGUAAUACUAAUACUAGUACUAACACUAACUAACAUUCAGUGCACCCCUUCAGGUACACUUAUAAGCCAUGAAAUAUUCAACUAUAGCGACUAUUUUGCUUCCCUUUUCCAGAUUGAGAAUUAAUAAUUCAUCCAAAAAUUGUGUUAUAUCGUCAAAUUUAAUACAAUGUAAUAGUUCUUCAUGAUUACAUAAUGCCUGACACUCGGAAACAGUUUGAGAAAUCCACAGAUAAUGCAUAAUUACCCGUUCAAGUUACAUUUGGAAAUAGAUACUUCAAUAAUAGUUAUUCUCAAAUAUCAGAUUAACUUAAGUUUUCAUCACAAUGAUAUUUUAGUCUCAGCUAUGGUGAUACAGGUUUGCAUAAAAUACAAAGUUGAUCUUAGAGCAUUAUAUAACUAACAUAUAUAUAUAUAUAUAUAUAUAGUAUCUUAAAUAUUUAAUAUUAAAAGUAUAAGUUAGAGUUUUAAUUUAAAAAAUAAAUAAUUUAAGAUAAGAAGUUAUAAUAGUUAUUAUAAGUGGUAUUUAAAAAUUUGUUUUAACCCAUAUGAUGACCUAAAUUAAAAAUUUAAAUUAAACUAUAUGCAUUCAUAUAUAUUUAUAAUAUUUCGGACAAAGAAAAGACUGAAUUUUAAAUAGCGUAUUUCCAAAAUGUUAUUCAAGUAUUAAAAAUAUUCCGAACAGCUAUACAUAAUAUAAUUAAAAUUUCUUAAAUUACAUAUUUUUUUUUGUCUAAGCUAUUAUUACAUAAUUUAUAAUAAGUUGAUUAGUAUAUGAGUUCCUUGAAAGUCUUUAUAACAAAAAUUAAUAAAUAUAUAUUUGUUUUAAUUACAAUAAAAUCAAAUAUUUGAUAUUUUAAUGAUAGAGCUGUAAGUUCUCAACCUUUUUUUCACUAAUAACACUCAAAUAGUACUAUACAUUUAUACCCCUCACCGGUUGAGAACCAAGGUACUUAGUAUACAUACAAUGUAGAUUAAGUGUUUUAAAUCAUUUACUUUAUUUGUAUUUAAAAUUUUAAAAUUAAUUUAUUGGAAAAAUUGUUUAAAAGAACUCUCAAUAAUUAAUGUUUAUUUUUAAGUUAAAGAUCUGAUUUUCAAUUCAAAUAUAUUAUUCAUUUCUAUAACCUAUCUAUACAAUUUCUACUAGAAAAGUACGAAUGGUAUAAUCAUAUUUUGAAAUGAGUUACAUAAAUGUUUUUUCUAUAUUAUGAUUUAAUUAAAUAUAACAAUAUUUUAAAUAAUAGACUUAUAAAUUAAACAAAUAUUUAAUAUUCCUAUUUGAUUUAAUUUUUGUUAAUAUUAUUGGUUUAGACAUUCCUUUUUUAUAACUUAAUUAAUACUAUGUACUUAUUAAUUAGUGAAUAGUGACAUUUAUUUCUUUUAUGUGCAAAAUAUUACUUAAAAUGUAAUAUUUAUAAGUACAUAGUAUUUAUAUUAAGUAAUCAUGUUUACAAAUAGUCACAGUAACCAACUUAAUUUAAUAAGAGCUAUGGCAUAUAGAUUAAUUAUCCUAUCUUAAAUUAAUAUGCUUAGCUCUGAAUGUGAUCUGAAUAAAAAUAUUUUGAAAAUAUUGUCUUUUAAAAUUUCUGUAUAACCUCCUCUAUAAAUUAAAUAACAUUCAUAAAAAAAAAAUAGUUCAAGAUAUCUAUGAAAUUAAUAUACUUAACUUUAUUUUGAGUGUAAAUCUUAGUCAUUAAAAAAAAAAUUGUAUAUAUAUAUAUAUAAUACAAUUUGUGUAUGUAAUAAUUAUAAUGCUUAUAAUAUAUAUAUAUAUAUAUUUCAUAUGCCAUAACCCAAAAUAAAUGUUUUAGAUUUUAUAAAACUCUAGACAUAACGUUUUACAUUUAAAAUACUUAAAUUGCUUUUCAUGCUGCAAUUCCCAAUUAUUUUAAAAACUAUGAAGUCUAAACUAAGCAAUUAAAUUUUGCUAUUUUUAAAAAUGCCAUUAAAUAUUUAAUUAAUUUAUAAAUAUACUGAUUAAAUAGUUAGAAAAAAAUGGGUCUAAAUGAUAUGGAUAUUAAAACCACAAAUAUUUAAAAACCUAUUUUAAAAUAAUGAUUUUAAGCUUUAUUUUUUUCUUCUAUAGUACACUCACUUAAAAUAUUCUUAAAUAUGAGAUUCAUUCUCAAUUUUUGAUAGAAAUAUAAAUAAAUAUUACUGAAAUUAUGUUUAUUAUGCCAAGUAGAAUAAAAAUUUUAUCAUUAUAGUAUUUAAAAUUCUAGGAUUUACUUGUCAUUUAAUUGUUUUGAUGACAAUAUAAUUAUAGUUACUAAAUUAUUGGUGUUAUGUUACAAAUUGCUUUAUCUGUAUAUUAGUUUAUAUCAUUUUUACAAGUAAUUCUAAUCUAUAGAUAUUUGUAUCAAAUAUUAUUACAUAGUUACAGUUGUAUAUGAUGUUACUAUUUAUACAGAUAUAUGUAAAAAAUAUAAUUUAGUUUAAAGGUUUUAGAAAUUAUACUAUACAUAUAUGGUUUAAAUUGUUUGCCUUUAUGAAAAUAUUUUUAGUAUUUUUAGCCAUAAAUUGUAUUCAAAUAGACUUGAUAAAUAUUUUUUUUACCAUUUAAAACAAUAUUUAUUUAAUAUUUAUACGUCUCACGAAUUAAGAAUAAAUAAAUAUCUCAUUUUUACUUCAUGUUUUAUAAUAUUAUGAUCAUUAUCUGAUGAGUAAUAUUCAAUAUUAUGUAUAGUUAAAUAUUUAUAUAGGCACAAGUAAAAAUAUUUAACUAAAUAAUUCUAAAUGAUAUUUUGAACAAUAAUUCAUAUGUCAAAUAUAAUAUUUUUAAAGAUCAAAAUUUAUCUGUUCGUAAUUUGAAUGUGCUAAGAAAUCUUAAAUACUUUAAACUAUAUAGCAAUAUAAAUUUAUUAUUGUUAAAGUUAUGUGUAACAGUGUACAAUUUCAUAAAUUCGACAAUAAAGCCAGUUUUUGAAGAAUAGGUAGAUUAAAACUAUAGUCUAUUCCACGAGAGAAUAAUCACUUUUCGCGCAUCAUGAAUGAUUCGAUUAAUGUGUCAAGAAUCACGUGAUCACA